AUGCCUGGUAUUCGUUUAUUUGGUCGUCGUUUUAAUUUUGCUUCUGAUGAUUUAACAAUACCAUCAUUAAUUGAUAUCGGCCUUCGUUUACCAUUAUUAGUAACAUUUAUUGUCUUCCGAAUCAAAGAUGAAUCACCCGAUUCAACAUGUCCAUCGACAUUUUAUAAUGGUUAUUUUUAUCCACUAUUAAGUGUUUAUGCAGUAAUAACAAUUCUUGCAUCAAUUAUGGCUUUAAUAAGUUUACGUGGUACACCUGUAAAAAAUACACGACCACGUCGUCAUAUGCCAUUAUUAAUCUAUACACGAUUAAUUAUCGUACCAAUUGAUAUAAGUAUUAAUGUUCUGGGUUUAAUUUUGAUAAUACGAGUAUUUCAUAUGUGUGCUAUUAUUUUACGUGCAACAAUUAUCGCGACAAUUAUUUUAAGUUGGACUGUUCCUAUAGCUUUAUUUAUAAUCUUAGCAUUUUUUAUUGAUCUAACUGGUGUUAUAAGUCCAGAAAAAAAAUGGGAAAUGAGAAUAAAACUUAUUUUUUGUUGUGGAAGAGGUUAUGGUGGACAAUCAUCAGAUAUAAAAAAUAUUGUUAAAACUUUACAAUAUUUAAUUGAUGAUGAAAGAUUUGAUCUUGUACCAAGUGAUGUUGCUGCUGGUCUUAUACUUCUACAACACGAAGAUGUACUUGAAGAACGUCAACUUGAUAUUAUGCAAACUGCGCCAUUAGAACUUCUUAAAGAAGGUCUUUAUUAUAAUUCAUAUGCACAAUCUGCUUUUGGAUGGUUUUCCAUAGCAUAUCAAUAUCGAUUAACAUUUUUACCACGAAUUCUUUUUGCAAUGCGUUUCAGAACAAUUGGUUUUUGUUGUGCUUGUUGUUCACCUUGUUGUCAAAAUCCAGAUAGUUUAAAUGAUCCAUGUGGAAGUCAAUAUAGUACAUUGACAUAUCUAUUACGUAAACAGAAACCUGUUAUUUUAUAUGCUAAUUUUCUCGGUGCAUUUCAUCGUGCUCCAUUUUAUAUUGCAGCUGAUGGUGAAAAGAAAAAAAUUAUUGUAUCUAUUCGUGGAACAUUAAGUGCAACUGAUAUAUUAACUGAUAUAAAUGCUGUUGAAGAUGUUUUAGAAACAGAAUUAUUUGGAAAUGGACAUUGUCAUAGUGGUAUGCAUUCAGCAGCUACUUACAUUCGUGAUGAUAUAUCAACACGUUUAAUAGAUAUCUUUAUCAAAUAUCCUGAUUAUGAAUUAAUUAUAUGUGGUUAUUCACUUGGUGCUGGUAUUGCAUCUAUUCUUGCUAUUCUAUUCAAACCAAAUUAUCCACAUUUGAAAUGUUAUGGAAUAGCUAUGCCUGGUUCUGUUCUAUCGGAAAAUUUAGCUAUGGCAACACGUCAUUUUAUUCAUUCAUAUGUCGUUGAUGUUGAUAUGAUAGGACGUGCAUCAAUUCGUUCAUUGGAACAUUUACGUGAUCGUAUUAUUGAUGCAUUAGAUAAAUGUAAUCGAAAUAAACUACGUAUAUUAACAAUGACACUUUUUGGAACAUUAAGAAAACGUCGACAAACUUUUCAUUCAGUAAAUAGUCAAACUCCAGCAUUGAUGGAUGAGUCAUUUUCACCUUCAACGACAUUAAAUAUUGAUUCAACAAUUUCAGAACUUGUUUUAAAUCAAACUCCUGCUGAUCGUGCACAUUUAAUUAUGCCCGGAACAAUCAUACAUUUAUAUUCAAUAAAUCGUGUCGGUUUAUUUUCACGUAAAAUUUCUUAUCGUGCUUGUAUGAGUACAUAUAAUCGAUUUUCACAACUUAUUGUUCAUCCAAGAAUGUGGCUUGAUCAUUUUCCAGCGUCAUAUGCUACAGCAUUAGCUGAUGCUAUUGAAAAUUAUGACCAAAGUUUACAAGAACUAAACUAG